CUAAGGGAGGCCGAUACAUCCUGCCGUUAUGCUUUUGCUUUGAAAGGCCGCUCUUGUGUCGUGUACUUUUCUGUUCUAGGCGUAACACUUCAACAAGGACAGUUCAGGCUACUUCAGCUCAACCAGCGUGUCGUUUAUUGUCACAGUAAUUCUCCCGGUCCCACCAUGCGAAGUGCGCGUUUCCUCCUGAUACCUGUACUGCUGCUCUUCCUGGCCUUUCCUGUUGCCAGGGGACGCUACAAUGACGAUUUUGAUGAUGGCGAAGACCUCGCAGACUUUGACGACAAUGACUUUGCUGAGUUUGAGGACAUGAAUGACGAUCAAGCAGCCGAGGCAGAAACUGCCCCUCCGCCUCGUGCCUCACAGUCCUCGCAGCCUGAAGAGGAUGAAGAUGAAGAUGAAGCCACUGUGGAGCUGGAGGACGGCCAGGAUGGUUUUGAGGACUCAGAGACACAGGAUCAAGACAUCUACAAAUAUGACCAGGAGGAAUUUGAGGGGAUGGGGGACAUGGAAAAGCCUGGCCACUCCAUGAAGGACCCCCUCAUAAUCCACACAGUCCCUGCACAUCUGCAGAACAGCUGGGAGAGUUACUACAUGGAGAUCCUGAUGGUGACCGGCCUCUUGGCCUACAUCAUGAACUACAUCAUCGGCAAGAACAAGAACAGUCGGCUGGCUCAGGCCUGGUUCAGCUCACAUAGAGAACUUCUAGAGAGCAACUUUGCACUAGUGGGUGAUGAUGGAACAAGUAAAGAAGCAGUGAGCACUGGCAAGCUGAAUCAGGAAAAUGAACACAUCUACAACCUGUGGUGCUCCGGACGUGUGUGCUGUGAAGGGAUGCUGAUUCAGCUCAAGUUUCUGAAGAGGCAGGACCUGCUUAACGUUCUGGCCAGGAUGAUGAGGCCUGCCUGCGAUCAAGUGCAAAUCAAAGUGACUCUUAAUGAAGAGGACAUGGACACUUUUGUGUUUGCUAUUGGCACCAAGAAAGCGAUGGCCAGGCUUCAGAAGGAGAUGCAGGACUUGAGUGAGUUCUGUGGUGACAAGCCUAAGUCUGGGGCCAAGUACGGGCUCCCAGACUCCCUGGCUAUUCUAAGUGAAAUGGGCGAGGUCACAGAUGGAGUGAUGGACAACAAGAUGGCGCAUUAUGUCACCAACCAUGCUGACAAGAUUGAGUCCAUCCAUUUCUCGGACCAAUUUUCUGGUCCAAAAGUUAUGCAAGAGGAGGGUCAGCCUUUAAAGCUGCCUGAGACCAAGAAGACGCUGCUGUUUACAUUUAAUGUGCCUGGCAUGGGCAACACCUCUCCCAAAGACAUGGACUCUCUCCUCCCUCUCAUGAACAUGGUGAUCUACAGCAUCGAUAAAGUCAAGAAACUCCGUCUCAACAGAGAGGGCAAACAGAAAGCUGACAGAAACCGUGCCCGUGUGGAGGAGAACUUCCUCAAGCAGACUCACGCUCAGCGUCAGGAGGCAGCCCAGACGCGCCGCGAGGAGAAGAAGAGAGCCGAGAAGGAGAGGAUCAUGAAUGAGGAAGACCCUGAGAGACAACGUCGCCUGGAGGAAGCUGCCCAGCGACGUGAGCAGAAGAAGAUUGAGAAGAAGCAGAUGAAGAUGAAGCAGAUCAAAGUGAAAGCCAUGUGAAUGACCAUCCACAGGGAUCCUGAUACAAGCACACAGGAAAGCAGUGCUCAGCUCAGACAGUUCACUCCAGCUUCUCCCACCACAGUCCGCUGCUCUGGCUCACAGUCGCUCCAGCUCUAAACAGAAGUCCUGUGCCUCCGGGUGUGUCAAGCUUAGCUGUCUCUGUCACCACCUGCUCCAUUUGGCGUGGCUAAACCUUGAUGACUGAGAGUGAACUGUCCGUGCCAAGUGAGAGGGACUUUUUCACCAUCAAAUCCGUCACCACAAAUAGCGCAAGGAUGUUUUUGUUUCUUUCUCUGUCAAACUAUCUUUACAAAAUGAUCAAAGCUCUGUUUGAAAUCUGUGCAGCUCAGUGAGCUUCUUCUUUUUUUUUGGUUAAACUUCAUCUGCUGGGAAGGAAUACACUAUCUGGUGGUAUUGAGCCACAUUUUUAAAUGAAUGAAAUCAUUGCUGCGGUUUCAUUGCAAAUGUUUUCACAUUAAUAUAAUAUGAUCAAGGAAAUUUUUAAUUUAUAUCUGCUAUGAAAUUGAUUUCUUGCAGGCUGUUUCUAAUGAAUAUCUGAGCAAACAUAAUAAAAUGCACUGGAGUCUGUUGGAAAACUG